UUACCACCAACAAUUGAAAGCGCACACAGAAGCAGAACUUCGUUCUCUUUUGACUCUUUAGUUAAGCUCUUGUUCUCUUUGUGCUCAAAGAUCACUUGAAGAAGCAACCCAGAUUCUCUUUUCCAGUGAAAAUGGUGAAUACUAUAUGUUUUAGUUUUACCCCAGUUUGCUCUUCUCUCUCUCCCAAUAAACCAGGAAUGAUUCUUGGGGAUUCUGUUGCUGGGAAGGUUCUUACAGUGAACAAAGUUUUCCAAACUUCAAAAAAUAGUAAAUUUCAAUCUUUGGAGGUUAAGGCUACAAACAGUGAUAAAAGCUCUAAACCAAACAGCUUAGUAUGUCCUGAUUGUGAUGGAAAUGGUGCUAUAUUGUGCUCCCAAUGCAAGGGAACAGGAGUCAAUUCUGUGGAUCACUUCAAUGGACAGUUUAAGGCAGGUGGAUUAUGCUGGCUUUGCAGAGGUAAAAGAGACAUUCUGUGUGGAAAUUGUAAUGGAGCUGGCUUUAUUGGUGGAUUCAUGAGCACUUGUGAUGAUUAAAGUUUCAGAACUGAAACUUCAUUGAGUUGCUAAUCCUCAAAACCACAUGUCCAAAUAUUUUUGUUCGUCUUUUUUGCUUUGUGUAACAUGAAAGAAAUGCUUGUUAGCAUGAAAUUUUUUAUUUAGUUUUUUUGGAAAAUUUA